AUGGAGGAGGCUAAUAUUUCGGAAAAAAUUAAUUUAGAGACACAGUCACUUAACGAGGAGAUCAAGAGAUUGAUGUCAAGUUACCAAAAUGAGAAGCAGGAGUGUGACGAGUUACAAAAAAACUACAACGAACAACUCGAUGAAAUUCAACGAAUUAAAAACGCAAUUGAACUUUUCGAAAAAAACCACCAACAGGUCGAGGCUAAAAUUAAGCAGACAGAAGAUGAGAUUGCCACACUUAGGGCAAGACUCGAUAAGUGA